AUGCAUGUCCCUCUGUGCCAAUAUACCAUCACACACGACCAAGUUAAGUCCUUCGUCUUGUAUGACACACUGUUGCACUCUGGCGAGGACAGCAGCCAACACUCUAUUCCCCUUGGUUACGACGAAUUCGCGUUCAUUUUCAACUUCAACAAGCCUGAGAUCCUCGUUAAGUUCACCACCACUGCCGCAGACAGUUCCAUUAAGGUCAACGGACCUACUGUGACUGCCUCGUUCCUCAUCGGCGACGACGAGGAACCUGUCGCUGCUCUUAAUCCUGACCAGCCUGCCCAGCCAGUCGUUGAGGCCACCCGUGAUCCUGACGGAGGCUGCUGGUUGGACAAACGCAAGGCAGAGCUGAUCGACGAUACCCUUUGGGACACCCUUGAGCGUUCCCACCACCAGAACUCCUGCCAUGACGAAGCCAUAAAGGCUCGUAAGGACAAGAGGAGGAGGCUCGAAGGUCCCCCUCCCCCUGUCGCACCUGCACCUAACAUUCCCCGUCCCCCUACCACUACUCGUGAUGCUGGUGCUGGUAGCUCUAGCCGAGCUAUCGCCCAGCCGACCAUUUGGGAUGAUGACGUGCACAUGGAAGGUGCGGAAGGCAUGAACCAUCGCGAAGGGGUCGAAGGACCCACCAUUACUGAAAAGAAGGGCAAAGGAUGCAAGAAGUGA